GAUAAGUAUAAGUGAGGCCCAGGUGAACGAACACUGGAAGAGGAAAAGUUUGUGUUUAUAUUGAAGGUGUGAGGAGAAUGUUCGUGUUCACCUCACUGUGUGUCGCUGUUAACCCUUUGAGUGGCAGUGGUUACUCUCAGCUGAAUAAAAUCUUCUGGCGUCAACCAGAAUAUAAUACCUAAGUGCGACACUGCCCUCCAAACGGUUAACCCCUGCUCGAGGAAGAUGGUCUUUGUGCUACAAACAAAUCUUACACAAAAGUGUUGUAAUAAAACAAGUGUUACAGCGUCAGUAAUAAUUUUCGUUUUGUUGGUGAGCGUUUACCAAGAGGAUAAUGUAAAGGAGAGUGACAAACAUGGUGACAUAUAUAGUGAGGAGGCUGGUGAGCAAAGGAGAGGACCACUUGUUUACCGUGGCGAAACAGGCCAGACAGGUGUGUCAGUAAACAGGUGUCGCUCCCUCUUCACCAUCACUGGGGUGCCAAAUGAAAAAACACUUUUCGCUGCUCACCUGCUACAAUAUUCUGCAGACAACAGCAGCUUGUUGAGCGACAGAUGGACGCCGCUACACCAACGGGGGGACCAACACCUGUCAGCGGCUGUCAAAGAGGUGAAACACCUGCUGCAGAAGAGGUCGUCGUCGUCAGGAGCUUCUACCGAGGAUUAUCGUAGUCUGGCGGCGCUGCUUCCUACACUCUUAACCUUCCAACACCACACUAACAAGAGUCAAGAGGAUGAUCACAGGAAGGAAGGUCAAACACCCAUCCUCCACCUCAACAGUAGGAUUGAUGUCAACGGCGGAGUGUUGCCCUACGUGCCCUGUGCCAUAGUGCCCUUUGACCACCCACCCUCCGUCACCGCCUGCUUCGCCCACAGACUCAAGAACAACAAUUCCUUCUGGAUCGCUUUUCUGGGCGACUCAAAAAUUAGGGCAUUGUUCUAUGAGUAUCUUCAGCGAACCGACAGUGAAUAUCGGUACCUCAUCCACCUUCUGAACACAACCAUGAGCUACGAGGAGAUGAGGAGGACCACCUUUAAGCUACACACCGACAUGGAGGCCGCCACACCUGUACACCCGCGCCUCCGUGUCUCCUUCAGUUUCAGGACGUUCAUGGAGGUAACGCCGUCCAAGGUUCAAGAGACCAAGGAACUGAGACAACUAAGUCGGUGGGCCAGGGGGGAGGACCCGCUCCCUCACAUCCUUAUAAUAGGCUACACGUCGUGGAUGAUACUACAUAUGAGUUACACCUCCGACGUGAUGGAGGUCGUGAGAGAGAUGCAUCAACAGGUCGUCCCUCUCCUACACCAGAUCGCUCAGAGGACACGGGUGUUGGUGGUGUCUCAGGGUCGCUACAGGGAGCACAGUCUUACUGGAACACUCUACAACAAGGCGUCACUCUUAGGGGAUGCCACCUUCGAUUGGAGCGAGAUGCUGUUCCAAUAUUAUCUCCGUCAGUAUAAAGACCACCACCUUUCUCCUGACACGCCCCACGUCUCCUACUCCUUUACAACACCCAUUACUGGGUCUUUACAACAACACUUCCCCGUCCCCCAGGGUCCUACGACCAACACUGUGAGACCAAAAACAACCAGGACCAACAGAGACCAUUUGGACCCCAGAGUGACAGGUGGUGGAGUAUGGUGGUGGGACACUGGUGUGCCGCUCAAUCUGGCGGGGAUCAGUGAGUGUGAAGAACUGUACCGUCGAGGGCUGGUGGACAGCUCCGUGUACACCAGUGAACACCUUGGGUGUACAGACAACCAUCACGUAGGAGAGGACGUGCUGUCUGACCAAAUAACCAUGCUGCUUAACCUUAUGUGUAACUCGAUCAUGCAGCAACAUACAAAUGUUUGUUGUCACUGAAGAGGUAUUCGAUCUAGGUCAUAGCCUCAAGCUGCACUGCCUGCCACCGUUAAUGAUUCACAUUGACCCAGAUAAGGAGCAACAAAUGUUAUCACUAUUCUAAUGAAAACGAUUUACUUUCAUACAACUAAAAAAAUGUAUUGUAAAAACUUAGG